AUGAUCCUGAUAUUCAUGCUGGCGUUUGACCCCAUGAUCCAACAGAUCCUGAGCUAUCCGUCAACACCCACGAUAGCAGCGGCCGAUACAAUUGCAGCUUCCGUGCCACAGUUACGAUACAUUGGUACUGGGCUCACGGAGACAGACUUAUAUAGCGCCUAUUAUUUGGGAAUAUGGUCCAAAAGCUUCAAUAUCACGCCCUCAUGCCCAUCAGGCAAUUGUACAUGGCAAAAUUACAGAUCAGUGGGGCUUUGCAGCCAAUGUUCUGAUAUUACAUCCACCGCGACGCUCGACUGUCCCAAGCCGACGCAUCAAGGUUAUGCCACUCAGUGGGGUCCCUACCUUGACGGGAAUUGUAAAGUGAUUCUUCCUCAAGGCCAGUCUUCUAAUACCAAUCUCACUUUUGGUUAUCCGAGAGGGCAAAAGCCAGAAGGAACUCCUGAUGUUAUCACUAUCGACGCUAAUACAGUGUGGGAAGUAGCUUCUUAUGCUGCUUACGAGGACUUCUUUUUCUCAAAUCAAACUCUCCCAAAUAAAGUUUAUUCGAACGUCGAGAAUCCUCUGAUGACUCUAGCACAGGCCUCAUUGGGAUUCGACAACGGUGUUAUCGCACAUCCAUCGAAUCUAUGGGAAGGUGUUGUUAUCAAAAAUGUCACACAAUGUUCCCUCAGCUAUUGUGUGCAGAACUACAAUGUAUCUGUUACCGAGGGAAAAUCUAUCAUUGAAAAGACCUCCACAGACUUCGGCAAAACUUUCGUCCCUCCUAAGAGUCCUUACGCCGAUAGCACUUGCUGGAGGCCCAAUGAAAGCCCGAAUGAUACAGUCAUGCCUGCCCCAGAGACAGUUCCUAUGACCAAUAAUGAGUCCAUGAUAAUGCCCUCUAGAAACGCCACAGAGUUUGCAUUCUGCUAUAACCAGGAAAUAAUGCCCGAACUACUUGUUGGAUCGGUUAACACUUCUUACAUCAAGAAGAAGCAGGAUUCAAAGUGGGGCUCCGACAAUGCAUAUAGUGGCACGGAGAAUCUUGGUCGUAUUUUUGACCUUGGACUCCAUGUGAUAAUGCCACGAAUUGCGGAGUCGUUGACCUUGGCCAACCUACAGGGCCCAAAUUCUACCAAUCUCCCUGGCACAAUCUACACAAACGAAGUGAUAGUCAAGGUCCAGUGGGCAUGGAUGAUUCUUCCAACGCUGUUAGUCAUUAUGGGAAAUUUGUUUAUUGUUUGCACUAUGUAUGCGAGCCGAAAGACGAUUCUUUGGAAGUCUUCCAUACUAGCCUUGCUGUUCCAUGGCUUGGAUGAUGAGGCGGCAGCCAAACGCGAUCAGUGUACUGCGAGCAGUCGGAUGGAGAAGCUGGCUGAAGAUAUGCAUGUUCAGCUUCAGUCCUCGGAGAGCGAUGAACAUGUGGCGUUAUGUGAGAGGUAA